AUGGCGUGUCUGUCUGCAGCGAAGAACAGAAAUGUCUACCAGCGGAGUGGAACCCGCAGCCCAGAGUCCGCUGAUGUCCUGCAGGGUUGGUCGGCUGCCAUGUGGAACGGCUUCCCUGACCUGCUGCCCCCCUCCUCAGGAUGCUCAGCCCCUGAACCAUGGCUCCUCCCCGGCUGCAGUUCUGUCUAUGACAGCCUUGUCAGGUGGGUGGAGCACCUGGUCACUGAUCCCCUGCUUUAUAAGGGAUCGGGUCCUGCUACCAGUGGACCUCGAGGACGAGAACGAACAGGGAGCAAACCGCGCAGGCCAUCCAUCCUGGAGCGCUGCAUCCUCAAAGUGUCCCACAGCAGUGUGGCUGUGGGGACAGAUGAUGUUGAUGGUAAAAGGCCAACUUUCUCUCGCUGCUAUAGCCGCUUGCCAGAUCCAGCAAACACGGAGACCAAUGCGGCGGUCUUGAAGCGGCGUCAGAAACAGAUCCAGUAUGGCAAGAACACCAGCGGCUACCAGAACUAUGUGCAACAGGUCCCCAAACACCUGCGGGAUCCUAAGCUCCACCCAUCCACUCCCAACAAGUACCGCAAAUACAGCCGGCGUUCCUGGGACAUGCAAGUCCGUCUGUGGAGGCGGGCACUGCACAUGUGGGACCCACCAACCAGUGAUGAGCCGGACACGCCAGACCCAGUGGAGCAGCUGCAGAGUCAGCUGGCCAAGAUGACUUCGGACCUGUGUGAGGACAGAGGAGAUGAGCAGAGAGAGGAAACUCCUGCAGCCUCAGAAGCCUCCUCGGUGUCUCCUCUGUCCAUGGAGGUUCCUGGAUCCUGGAUGAUCCCAUUGUCCCCGCAGGUGGAGAUGAGCCGCCGGCCUCUUCGCUCUCCUCCUGGUCUCAGCUACACUCACAGGAGUCAGCUGACCCCUGAUGAUGGCAUGAAUGACUGGCUCCGGCUCCUGAUGGAAACCGACCAUACCUCAGAUUUCGGCUCAGAUGACCAGCAGGUUCCCGUGUUUUCUGACCAGCUCUUCUGGAAUCCGUACUAGUGAUCCAAUCCAACAUGAGCCCAGUUUGACCCGUUGUUGACAUAAUUGGCCGUGGCGUCUUUAUCUGCUGACUCUGAACAUUUUUCAAUGUGUUUCUGGAGCAUCCAACUCGUCUUUUUAACGUCACCAACUUCACUGACAGCAGGGACGUAAUCCGUCCCUGAUCUGAGCUCCGUCUGCCCUUCUGACCCGUUCUGGCAGCGGGAGGGAGCUGGACUCUUUAUUGUUUGCACUUGUUUUACUUUAACUAUCAAACUGAGCACUUGUCACCUGCAUCACAUCCAAGUCCUACACUGAGGGGAAAGUCACGCGUUUGUCCUGUUUGUCACUUGGUUGUUCCUCGGUCCCUCACAUACAACCUUUACUCGUAGUUGUCAUGUUUCCUUUUAAAAAACAAAGCUCCUGAUUGGAUGGGGGGGUGCUGCCACUUUGUUUUCUGAUAUUUAUUUUA